AUGGAAGCAGACAAGUUUUCAAUAAAAUCUGAGGAAAAGCGACUACAAUAUGUAAACAGGGACUUGAAAACUAAGCAGUCGGCCUCACAUCAAAACGAAAAUAGUGCCCUUGAAUCCAAAACAAAAACUGAGUUAUUUAACAAACCGAUCAAAAGUGAACACAGUGAUAAGUAUAAAUGUACUCAGUGCUCCUACCACACUAAAUUUCGGAGCAAUCUUGCAACGCACAGUCAAAAACACUCAUCGGAUUGGUUAAAAUGCGACACGUGCCCUUUCAAAACUAAAUACCGUGCGAAUUUACGACACCACAAAUCCCUAAAACACGACCCAAAAACUAAUAAUACGAAGUUUUAUUGCGAAUAUUGUGCAUACUUUAGUGAUAAUUCUCGCUAUUUGCGUAGGCACCAGCAAAGACAGCAUGAAAAUGCAGAAAAUGUUAAUCCUGUUAAAAUCGAAGGUGAAGUUCAAAAAGUAGCUGAAAAGAAGUACCACUGCGAGCAUUGUCCUUUUAGAACUACGCGACCAAGCACUUUGAGAGAUCACCGUUUGACGCAUACAAGUCCUGAAAAUAUUAGUUGGUUUUCUUGUACUCGGUGCGAUUAUAAAGCGAAAAGAAAGAAUACGUUACAAAGGCACAUUGUGGAGCGACAUUUGCAGAAAUGGGUUUAUUGUGCCCUUUGCGAAUAUCAAGCGGCGAGUAAGAGAAUUUUGGCCGUUCAUUUUCAGCGUAUGCACACCAUAAAUCCGGUUACCAAAUGA